AUGCUUAAUAAUUUGCCUCCACAAAAUCCAUGUUCCAUUUACAUUCAACAUACUGGGGCUGUACAUUAUGAUGUUGUUCUUGAUGUAAGUUUAGGUACCAGUGGGUCAUCUUGUACCGGUAUGCACACAAAUAUUAAAAAAGAACAAUAUUUAAAAGGUCAAUCUGUAAAAAGAAAGCAUUCUUCUGAUUUUUAUACAAUAACUGAAGAUGAUUUGUCUAAUAAUUCAAAGCCAGAUCAAUUGAAUGGUGGAAUUAAAGAAAAGAGUAAAAGCUCUAAACAACCCAAAUGUUCUGAGAUAACAACAGAACAAUAUUUAAAAGGUCAAUCUGUAAAAAGAAAGCAUUCUUCUGAUUUUUAUACAAUAACUGAAGAUGAUUUGUCUAAUAAUUCAAAGCCAGAUCAAUUGAAUGGUGGUAUUAAAGAAAAGAGUAAAAGCUUUGAACAACCCAAAUGUUCUGAGAUAACAACAGAUUUUUCAGAGAAUUUCAAGUCAAAUGUUGAUAAGUUCCAUAAGUCAAUGCAAUACUUUGUAAUUCAAUGUUGUGUAUGUCAUGAGGCAUGGCCUUUGACAACCAAACCAAGAUCUUGUAAUACCAAUACUUACAUUCGUCGUAGGUGUAGUGUUGAUAAACAAAUUCCAAAAAAGUUCUCUUCUGAGAAUAGUAUGAUACCUACUGUUUUGCCAACUGAACUAAAGGGUUUAACUCAAAUUGAAGAAAUGCUUAUUGCUAGGGCACUUCCCAUUAUGAGGGUUUAUGUAAAGCCUGGUGGUCAAAGAGGAUAUUCUGGUCAUUGCAUAAAUUUGCCCCAAAAAGUGUCUGAGCUAGCCCAAUCACUUCCACGAUGUCCAAGUAAUAUUCCAAUUAUUAUUGUCACAAUGAAAGGAAAAGAUAACACAAUGAAAGAUGUUAUAGUAAGAAGAAAAAAAGUUGAGCAGGCCUUAUAUUGGUUAAUAAGACACAAUCCACAAUAUAGUAGUGUUUGUAUUGAUUCAAAUACAUUAGAAGCUUUACCUGAUAAUGGCAUUCCUUGCAAUAUCCAGAGAAUAGAAACAUUAGGUGACCCGGAUGGUGUUGAUAGUAAUGAUACUGACACAAUAGCAAGUGGAGAUGAAGUUUAUAAUGGUGAAACAGAUACAAAUAGCUUUCUACCACUACCUAAAAAUGACCAUCUAGAAAGUGAUGCUAUAAAAAGUAGUCUCAAUGUCACCAAAAUAGACUGGCCAACAAUUGAAGACCAACCAUUAAAUGAGUAUACAACACCAUUUCUUGCAACUCUUGCUUUUCCAACACUUUUUCCUGAUGGUAAUGGUGAUCCAACAAAUCCGUGUUUGCAAAGAGACAUUCCUUUUGCAAAUCGCAUUCAGCAUUUAAUUAAAUAUUCUGAGAAAAUCAAUGAUAAAUGGAUAUAUAGGUUUGCUGGUCACCCCAGGUUCUCGUAUUGGGCUCUUAACAUGAUACAAAGAAAACGAGCUCUUCAACAAAAUGCCAUAUUUUUAAAACAAAAUCCUGAUGAAUCGCAUCUUACAAUAGAUGAGUUACGUGAAAUGGCUUGUAGUGACAAAUCAUCUUCUUUCAUGUCUAAACUUUCUAGAUAUGUAGCAAAUAUCACUGGGAGCUCAGCAUAUUGGUAUAAAAUAAGAGAAGAUUUAAAAGCAAUCAUUUUAGCAAAAGGUGCCCCAACAAUUUUUUUUACAUUUUCUUCUGCGGAUCUUCAUUGGCCUGAGUUACAUUCCCUUUUUUCUUCAAAUGUCGAUAGCUUGAGUGUGGAAGAUAGGCGAAAAAAUGUUAUUGACAAUCCUCACCUAGUUGAUUGGUUUUUUACCAAACGGUUUGAAUCAUUUCUAAAGCACUGGCUAUAUGAUACAAUGAAUGCUGAGUGGCAUUGGUACCGAUAUGAAUUUCAAGCUCGAGGUAGUAUCCAUUGCCACGGCACUGCAAAAUUAAAAUCUAAUCCAGGUCUUUGUAGACUCACAGAAAGAGCUCUUAAAGGUUUCAUAGCUGAGAAACAGAAAAAAUGUCCAGAUACAUGUAACAUUCCUGUUUCAGUAGAAAUUGAUGAAGGACAAAAAGCUGCAAAGGUUAUUUGCAAUUAUGUAGACACACUAAUCAAUACGUGGAAUCCAUUUCCACCUGAGUCUGAACUUUGGACAAAACCACUGGUUCAUCCUUGUGCAAAAAAAACACAAAAAUAUUCCAGACUCUGA